AUGGAAGCACUGAGGGAGUCUUUUCUGCAUUUGACUUUUCAGAUGUCAACGUAUAAGAGAGCCACGCUGGAUGAGGAGGACCUGGUGGACUCCACCGGUGACGACAUCUACCCAUCAUCGCCCAUGCAGGUGACUCUACUGCACGGCCGUGGUCCCACAUGUUGGCCAGACAGGACGCAGAGAGAGAAGAGGCUGCUGUUUUUGUUGUGUGUUGUGUCUGUGGGCCUGUUCAUAUCUCUCAUCACGACUGGGGUCUUCUACAAACAGACUCACCCGGGCCUGUGUCUAACAGAGCCGUGCAUUACUGUGGCCAGUGCGGUCAUGGGAGCCCUGGACCGAUCUGUCGACCCCUGCCAUGACUUCUACAAUUUUUCCUGUGGAGGCUGGAUGAAGAACAACCCCCUCCCUGAAGGCAAGUCCCGCUGGGGACCUUUCAGCAACCUCUGGGAGCACAACAUGCUUGUAAUGAAGCAUUUAUUAGAAAACACAACGAUGAAAGGUCUGAGUAAGGCCGAGGAAAAAGCCCAGCGAUAUUAUCAUGCCUGUAUGAAUGAGGCCAAGAUUGAAGAAUUAGGAGCUAAGCCCCUACAAGAGCUUAUCAGACAGAUAGGAGGAUGGGCCCUGACUGAACCCUGGAACAAGGACAACUUCCAGGAAGUUUUGCGUAUGGUGUCGGCCAACUAUCGCACCUCGCCUUUCUUCACAGUGUUUGUCAGCACCGAUUCCAAAAACUCCAGCAGUAACAUCAUCCAGGUGGAUCAGUCCAGCCUGGGGCUACCGUCACGGGAUUACUACCUCAACAAAACAGCAAAUGAAAAGUAUUUGACGGCAUACCUAAACUUCCUGACGGAGUUAGGGGUUCUCCUGGGCGGCUCCGAGGAAACGUCUCGGGCGCUGAUGCAGGAGAUCGUGGACUUUGAAACCACCCUUGCUAACAUCACAGUCCCUCAGGAAGAGAGGAGAGAUGAGGAGCUCAUCUACCAUAAGAUGAAGGCCAAAGAUCUGACAACUCUGGUUCCUGCAGUGGACUGGAUGCCAUACCUCACAGAAGUGUUUGCUCCUGUGCAGCUCAACGAGUCAGAGCCGGUGGUUGUUUAUGCCAAAGAAUACCUCCAGCAAGUUUCUGACCUCAUAACUAAAACAAAUAAAAGCCUCCUUAACAACUACAUGAUAAUGAAAGUGGUGAGGAAGAUGGUGUCCAUUUUGGACGAGAGGUUCCAGGACGCAGAGCAGCGGUUCCUUGAGGUCAUGUAUGGGACCAAGAAGAGCUGCACUCCACGCUGGAAGGUGUGCGUCAGCGACACAGACAGCGCCCUGGGCUUCGCUCUGGGAGCCAUGUUUGUCAAAGCCACCUUUGCCGAGGACAGCAAGGCCAUUGCUGAGGAUAUGGUUGCAGAGAUUAAACGGGCGUUUGAGGACAGCCUGAAGUAUGUGAGGUGGAUGGACUGGGAGACAAAAAAAGCAGCAAAAGAAAAGGCGGAUGCAAUAUACAACAUGGUUGGAUACCCAGAGUUCAUCAUGAACGCCACAAAGCUGGACAAAGUGUUCAAUGAUUUCGAGGUGGUGUCGGAGCUCUACUUCCAAAAUGUCAUGCAGUACUACAACUUCUCAGCUAGAGUGACUGCCGACCAGCUAAGGAAAACUCCCAACAGAAACCAGUGGAGCAUGACCCCUCCGACCGUGAAUGCAUACUACAACCCGACCAAGAACGAGAUGGUGCUGCCUGCAGGAAUUCUCCAGGCUCCGUUUUACAGCCGCUCGUGGCCUAAAGCUCUUAACUUCGGUGGGAUCGGAGUCGUCAUGGGACACGAACUGACUCAUGCUUUUGACGACCAAGGAAGAGAAUACGACAAGGAUGGAAAUCUGCGUCCCUGGUGGAAGAACUCUUCUGUGGAGGCGUUCAAGAAGCAGACGCAGUGCAUGGUGGAGCAGUAUGGAAAUUACAGCAUCAACAAGGAGCCUCUGAAUGGACGACACACCCUGGGAGAAAACAUCGCUGACAACGGUGGACUCAAGGCCGCCUACAAGGCUUACGUGAACUGGAUUGAAAAGAACGGCAACGAGGCCACGCUGCCUGCACUGGGAUUGACAAACCAUCAGCUGUUUUUUGUCGGGUUUGCCCAGGUAUGGUGCUCUGUCAGGACACCUGAAAGCUCACACGAGGGCGUCAUCACAGACCCUCACAGUCCGUCAAGAUUCAGAGUCAUCGGCACCAUCUCCAAUUCACAGGAAUUCUCAAAGCACUUUGGCUGCAAAGCAGAUGCUCCCAUGAACCCUAAACACAAGUGUGAGCUCUGGUGAUGCGUCGUUGCUCUGCGCUGCUUAUCAGCCAGGAGUAAAAUGGACAUUUGGGAGAGAAGAUUGACAAAGUCUCUAUGGACGGGGAACGCAAGAACCACUGAGAAUCCAACUGCCUUGCCACUUAACGCUUAUCGGGCUCCUCAUCAGGACAGAAUGUGCCUGCUCCGUGUGGAGGAUCGCUAUCUGCAGAGCUUCUCCACAAGAACUGCUGGUGUAGCAAACAGCUUUCCCUGACUUCUGAAGUAAAAUGUUGCUAUAAAUGCGCUUUUCGAACACUGGAAACCCGACAGAUGGUUACUACGGACAAUGGGGGAACCACUCUCAGACUUUGUGAACUGUUUAUCACGUAUAGUGAUGAACAAGCAAAGUGCUGUUUCUUUUUUUCUGACCCUCUUCACUGUGCUCACGAUCUGCUCCAGUUUACUUUUAUUCUAGUUUAUUUAUGGUCACAGAUUUUUAUAUGACAGUGAACCAGGGACCUGCAAGAUGUAAGAUGGAAAAUUAAAAUGCGACCCAUAUGGACAGUUUUAUUAAGAAUUUGUUUUUGAAAUAUAUUUUAAUACAACAGCAACAGUUUGUCAAACCCCACAAACUGUUACAUUUAUAGAGAUAUAGACUUGAUAUUUGGCACUUCAUAUCUGUGAUGGAAGACCAACGCAAAUUAGAAACAGAAUGAAGGAACAGAGAAAUUUACGGCAAUAAAUUGAAAUGAAUCGACUAUUUUUUCAUUCAGACCUUUGUCAUGAGACUGAGCUAUGAUGUGCCAUAAACUGUUUUUAUGAGAGUUUGUCACAAAUUAUUUUGUAUAGUAAAACCAAUCGUAAAACAC